AUGUCUUUGCCCCCAGAACAGAUCAAUAUCAAACGCCGUCGAGAGGAGGAGCCCGUGGACACGCUAUACAUCCAGUCGGAAUUGCACCAGACUAAGCGUCGUUUCACGGACUUUGUCUUCCAGCGAGUUGAAAUCCGAAGUGGCGAUGGCAACAAGGGUUCCCCAAGUCCAUCGCCAGCCGAAAGGGAUUUGCGCAGUCCGCGCUCGGUGAGCAGCGCCUUCCCGGGAUCGACUCACUCUCGUACGGUGGCGUCGGGGGGUACGGGGGUGCCGUUGGUGAGGGCCACAUCGCCGGGGGCUGAGUUUCGUGAAGCCAAACGUCUAGCGGCUCUGCGUAAGGAGAAGGAGGAACAAUUAAAGCGGGCGCUGCACUCGUCGCCAACGUCCACGAAGUCCGCCGGUCCUGGUCGCAGCGCUGAAGAUGGCGACUCCGAGCCUGCGGCGGCGACGACGACAACGACAACGUCUAGCGGCAGAUCGAGUCCCGCGCCGUCUGCGUCGCCGGGGAUGCGACGCUUUCAAAUUUCUCGCAGCAAGAGUCUUCUACGAGGUACAGCAGCGGCAGGAGUGCAGAAACGCAAGGGAGACGGGGCAGUCGCCGUACUGGUGGAGAAGUUAAGGCGCAAACCACAUUCCAGACAAGCGUCGAUGGUCGCGGAUGCCGCCGUGCGGGCGGAAGAUCUCAGAGGGUCGCCGGAUGCAGUUUCUACGAAAACUAUCGAUUCGCGUGACAGUUCAAUACCCCACGAGGAUGCACCGACUACCGCUCGACCCCGCAAGCGACCGGUCGUCAACAGGGCAGAGAGACAGUGGCGGGAGGAGCGUAAGACGGCCAUCGAUGCAGCCAAACGGAAUAUCAACCAGGUGUUGGAGAAGGAGGCCCAAACUCAGCACCAGAGCAACUGGGACGAUGAAUCGGAGCGACUGGCUCGCGAGUUCGAGCAAAUCGCAUUGGAGAUGGAAGGAGCAAUGGAAGAGGACACGGAGGACGUCAUACCCGCGCCAUCGUCGACAGAGACCCGGUCUGCUCCGGUGAUGCCCAAACCGCCGUUGAAAUACCCACCUCGUACACCCAAUAAGCAUCGGGCUGGGAAGUCUGCAGAAUUGCCGCAAGGGGGUGAAGAGGCUGCCAAGGCCCAAGAGGUGGAACACGAGGAGGAUAGCGACGGAGAAUAUGUCUACGAUACGUAUAUUCGAAAACCCUUGCCGGAGGGGGCAAUCGGCAGCGGAGAGAUCAGAGACAAAGGAGGCGAUCUGCUUACGAACCCACUGGCCGAUUGGCAACAGAACCAAGACGCUUGGUUUCGGCAGAAGGGUAUCGACACGACCCGUGCCGACGUUGGGGUCAUCAUCAUUACGCAAGAGGACGAGGAGUAUUGGGAGCAUUUUAUUGAGGAGGAUGACGAUGAAGACCGCUGGGACAGUGAAGAUGGCGAUUCGAACGCUGAGAAUAAUCCCGCCAAUGAAUAUCCGGACGAAGACCUGUCUUGGGACGAUGAAGAUGACGAUCCCAUGGCCAUCUACCACAAAUACCGCCACCACGCGGUGUCAGACGAUGAGGAAUUCGGCAUGAACGAUUCGGCCAGUGAAAGAGCGUUUGGCUACUCUGGGCGCCGGUCGCACGUGGAGUCCGAUGACGAGAGCUGGUGA